AUGCCAUUAGCAAUACGUGACACCCUCCACAACGGUUUACCGCCUCAUAGUGGCGUGGAUGUGACACUGGGCGUCGAACUGCGAUGCACAGCAGAGGGUGGGCGACGACCUGUGGUGAAAGGUAAGCUCGCCGUGGCAUGGCUGCUUAGUUUGGGGAAAAAUCUUCUUGCCACUCCAGCAUAUUCACUGCCUCAGUACCCUGCACACUGGGCCCUGCCGUCUCAGACGUCGGACGGUACAACGACCGGUGACAGGCGAUCAAAUCUCAUGUUGUUCAGGACGUCUUCGAUUGUGGAAAAAGGCGAUACUCGCACGACUCGUCGUGAAGACUGUCUCAGACUGUGUACUUACAACGCGAGAACAGUUUCCACAGACGCUGACCUGCAUGCCCUUCUCGGAGCUGCAGAGCGUAUCAAAUUUCACUCUGCGGGAGACCAAGUGCAGAAGGAGCGACGUAUGAAUGACGGUAAACUCGUCAUUCGUGGAGAGAAGGUUCCGCCGCGAAAUGUAGGCGGUGUUGGUUUUGUUGUGCACCCAUCUGUCGUCCAUCUCGUCGAUUCUCACGAGAUGCUGUCACCUCGUCUGGCCAUUCUUCGCCUCCGCCCUCUGCGCCAAAAAUCCAUCAGUAUCAUCAACUGCUACUCACCAACAUCAGCAGCUGAUGAAUCCGAAUUGGACGCGUGUUACGAGGAGCUGGAGGAAGUAGUCCGCAACGAGAAGUCCUACAAAUUCGUUGUUGCAGACUUCAACGCAAAACUAGGAAAGGCCACAGAGGAAUACAGGACUGGAAGAUUUGGACUAGGAGACCGGAAUGAAAAUGGCAAUCGUCUCGCUGGGCUGUUGUCCGCCGCUCACCUCUUUCAUGGGAAUUCUCUUUUCAUGAAGAAAGAUCAUCGUCGGUGGACAUGGGAAUCGCUCAAUAACGCGACUCGUGCGGAGAUCGACCACAUACUCACCAACCGGAGGUGGUGUCUACUUGACAUCUCAGUAGUACCAUCCUUUUGUAGUGGUUCUGAUCACCGUCUCCUUCGUGCGAAAAUACGUCUUAGCCACACGAUGGAAAGGAACAUCUGCUAUCGGCAGCGAAGGAGAAAAGAAGUCGUCUUCGACGAUUGCGUACUCGAGGACUCCUUGUCCCAAGGUGACUGGCACAUCGAGGAGGACCCAAACGUGGACUACGAGAUGCUGCUCAGAGGAUUACGAGCCUGUGCUGAACGUGCCUCGAAGCCGCGCACGACAAACUUGGAUCGAAUUUCGAAGGCCACCAAGGAAUUGUUGGAAAGAAGAAAGGCUUUGAAGCUUGAUCCGAAUGCGUCGCACAUUGAGUGGUUAGUAGCAAACACUAGCUGCAGAAAAGCGUUGCAAGAGGAUCUUAUGAAGUACAGGCAGAAGAAGAUUCUGGAAGCAGCACAAAGAAGAACAAGUCUGAAGAAGUGCCGCAGGGAUCUCCGCGAAUAUAAUAUUCCACUAGCAACCUUGCUGAGCGAAGACGGGACUCGCACGUCUUCUCGUCGUGAGAUGGAAAUCAUAACGGAGAGGUUCUACUCGAACCUUUUCCGUUCAUCAACUCCUAUGUCAAGCACGAUCAUCCCCACUGGCGAAGCUCCACCACGGAUUCUCCCUUCGGAAGUACGAGUCGCUAUCAAGAGCAUGAAACCUGGCACAGCCCCCGGUCCUGAUUUUAUAUCAACAGACUCUCUCCGGGCUGGUGGCCAUCAACUUCAUGCAAUCUUAGCAGCGCACAUGACAUCCUACCUUCAGAAAGAAAGGAUCCCAGACCAGUGGAGUACCUCGCGUAACCGUUCUUAUCCACAAGAAAGGAUGGUGGAUGAAGCCCAGCCUCAAGAACAAGCUGGAUUCCGUCAGAGGUUCAGUUGCUUGGACCACAUCCAGACCUUGUCGAGGGUCAUAGAGGUUUGCCGGGAAUACCGCCUGCCCCUUGUUCUAACCUUCAUCGACUAUGAGAAAACCUUUGACAGCGUAGAAACGAAUGCAAUCAGCGCUGGUCGAUCAAGGCGGGUACGCGUCGUAGCGUCAUUGCAAUGA